GGCGAGCUGGGGAGUGUUGGAGAAAAGGAUUGGAUCCCAGAGGAGAGAGCGAGCCCCGCUCCCCAUACACACACUUACACACUAUCACGUUUACAUCGGCUCUCCCUGUUGUUAUUCCUACAUUGUGGAAGAGUGGAUUACUUUUUCUGUAUUGAAUCCGUGCACACCCAGGCAUGCUCAGGUGGCAGCUUGUCAAGGUGGUGUUGAAGUGUGAGAUGAACCAUGGAGCUAAACAGGAGGCCAGCCACUAGCCAAGUCAGCAACCUUCCAGUCAACAGCAGAAGAAGUAGCAGUCAUCCAGGAGGACCCCACAGCAUGCAGCUGGGCCUUCACUAACGCCUAGUGGACCCAGCCCUCGCCUCCUCAUCUGGGGCCCGAGCUGCAGAAUGCUCAGUCCUGUCACCCCAUACAGUCUGAAGAUGCACUGGUCUCCGGAGCACGCUGCCCCUUUAUCUCAGUGGCCUGAGCAGCACCUAGAUGUCACAUCCACCACCUCGCCUCCAUCUGCCCACAAACAUGACCCCCACGCUACUGCCGCUCGCCGCGGCUAUGCCCCUGCAGGUUAUCCUUGGGCCAGUGAUGACAUAUCAGCCCUUACUGCGUCUUCCUUGCUCAAACGUUACGCAGAGAAGUACUCGGGCCUGGAGCUGUCAUAUGAACGCUCCACUACCGGGGCCUACUCGGAGCCUGGAACUUUCAUAAAAACUGAAUCUGAGCCCUGGGCUCUGGGUCAGGGCAUAGAAUGCUACCCUGGACUGGAAGCACUAACUGGCACCAAAGUGGGGUCUUCAUCCGUCGGGAUCCCAGCUACAGGAAGUGUCACAGUGGUGAGCAGUAACUUGGCCUCAGAGCCGGGGUACAGCGGCACUGGCUCCUGCAAUGCCCCAUCGUCUCAGGAAUACCCUCCUGCAUACAACAGCACCUAUCUGUCCUCGGGAUACUACCCUCAGCCCAGUGCAGCACUUCCACCUAACCCUCUGCACUCAUUGCAGGCUCCACCCACCCUAGUGCCCAGCUACAGCACCAGCACUCCUGUCUACAAUUACCCACCUGGGUGUUACCCUCAAACCAGCCUGUCCUCUGGAUACAACCACCCCGGUGCCUCAUACCUGCCGUCUGGGAUUAGCGCCCCCACUCCUCUUGCCCCAAGGCCAACCAUGGGAGGGGGCCCUUACAGCUACUCAGCCCACAGCCUCGGAGGGAGCUCCGACACAGGAGUGCCUCUGAAACGCAAGGCCUUUGAGAUGGCAGAGGAGGGACAGGAAGGGCCAGAGGUGGAGGGACCACGCUACAGAAAGUACGGGAAUGGUCACAGCAAAGGCAACGGCAAUGGCCACGGCAAUGGCUAUGAUAUCAAUGGCUCUGCCUCAGACCCGCAAGCCUACAAAUCUGGCAAACCCCUGAUAUCGCCCUCCUAUGGUGGACCAGGGGACUACAGCCCGCCAUCAGGCCUAGCAGGUGAGAGCGUGUCAGGGGAGCACAACUUCACUCAGCAGCAAAGAAUGUCCAUGAAGAUACCUGCAUCUCACACGCAGGCUGAGGACCCCACUGGUGGGCGCUGAUAUUCCCAGUUGGCAUUUAAGAGGACUCCCUUGCUCCAGACGGUGUUCUUAAGACAGAAGAGAUUUGCAGAAAUAACAUUGAAUUUCUCAGAGAGAAAAUGUAGUUUCCCUGGUUAAUUGUCACCAUUCAUGUUUAUCCAAAGAUUAAGAAGGGGAGUGGUAUUGUGGCCUGUAAGAUUGAGGAGGUAAGUUAUAGGAGCGGGGCUGAGGCAUUCUUUAUAUAAAUAGCAUCAAGACAGUUGUAAAUGUAUGAAUGUCUGUUUCUCUCAGGAUCCUAUUUAUUUCUUUUCUUCUACUGUGGCAGCAGCACUGCAGAGUUUUUUUUCGAGGUUGGUGUAAUUAUUUGUGGCCGAUAUAUAUGUAAAAAGGCCAGUGACUGCAAUAUGAUCUCUCACGCCACAAAAUGAAAUCAUUGACCAAAAAGUAAAGAGAGCAAUAACAGAAAUGGUGAUACUGCCAUGCUACUUCAGCACAAUCACUGCAGCAAAGCUAACUGCAAGGCUUGGUGCAUCAUUUGGCUUCGAGAGAUGAAUGUUUCCCUUUGACUAACUCUUGACCUCUCUUUUUCUUUUCUUUGAUCUAAUUUCUAUCCCGGUGCCCUGCCCUGUCUAUCCAUUCUGUCUUGUUACUGAACAACUUGUGUUUUUGUAUACUUUAUACAUAUCAAGCUGCUCAUGAAGUGUCAUGUUAUGUGAGUGUACAUGAAAUCAAAAUUCUUUACACGAUAUGAUAACUUACUUUGCUCACCUUGCUUAUGCCUUUGUCUUUGAUAUUUAAAAUCUUACAGAAAAAAGGCAAGUAUGCUAAUCAGUAACAAAAGCAGCCAAGUCAAAUACAGCUAACAUCCACAGCUUAAUGGUGCAAGAAGUCUGUUUAUCAUUGUAGAUUGGAUGCACAGCCCAGUCUGAGAGGCGUGUUGUUUGCAGUUGAGGGCAGUGAGUGCCUCUUAUAGUUUUUUAGCUCAAUAUUACAUUCUAUGUGAAGAUUUGCCUGCAUAUCAACUGUAGUUGACUUUUUUGAUAUGCAUUCUUUUUUACAUUUGCCUCUCAGAAGGAUGAUUUAUGGUAGUGUUAUUGAAUACUCAGGAAGAAUACUGUUACCUCAGAGUUAUGAAAUAAGAAUGUAUGCUAUGCCCGUAGGGUGAUGGUUGAGAGCUUUUAGGAGCAAUGUGAAAAAUGGAGCCAUAGCUAAAACUUCAGGGAAACUAUGAACUCAUAAGGCCUUCAGUGGUGUAAAAAACCCGCAUGCAUGUGCACACGUGCAGACAUCAUCUACUUGGCUUCUUUGCUCUGGACAACUUGAAGUUUUUUGUACCAAAGCCUGAAAUGUUGAAUGUAAUUCAGAUAUUUUUUUUAAAAGGACAAUACAUGCCAUAAUAUACAUCAAUGAAGUUUUUAGAUAUAUGAAACAUAUUUUCUUCGUGUAUAGACGUUAUUCUCUUAUAGGUUUUGGAGCUUUGAAAAAAUUAUGUUAAGUGUUAGUGUAGCUAGUGUUGGGGGGAAUGGUUUUCUGAUUAAACUGUCAAAACAAAGCACUCCUGAAAAACACAUUUUGACAUAUCAAGAUUCACAACACUGCAGUAUAUCCUCUGUAUUUGGAAUGUUCAUCAAAUGUCUUAAUAAAGAGCCCAGUCCUAAUGUCAGUAUUUUUAAAUCACGAGUCAGUCACUUUGAAUUUUUUUCUGAGCUGAAUUUAAACUUUGAAAUAUUUACUAAUCAUGUGCUGUUGGAAAACUCUGAACCCUCAGGACUCCACAUACUGUAGUUUAGUUGUUCCUCGUUGCCAGCCCAAAGAAACUGUGCCCAUAUGUCGGGGGAAUGGAUCCCAUUUUGAUAGUAAAACUUAUAAUAAAAUUCAGUCAAGUUGUUUUGAUGCUACUUUUGAGACGUAACGUUAAUUUUGUUAAGAUUGUGCCCAGUGAAAUACAGUUCCUCAUCAAUCAGAGCGCGAAAAUAUCCUUAAAAAAUUACAGGUGUCAGGCAAAUAAUAAUAUAAAUGUAUCCCCAAAUGUUCAGGUUUUUAAGCGCUUAGCUAAAACAAAUGAAUGCUCUUCAGUGCGCCACAAAGACCCUGCCCCACAGAUUUGCUUUUAUGAUGUAACUCUGAUUCAGUGAAGGAUGUGGAGCCAAAAUGGAACAUUGGUGUUGUCUUUGUAACUCAGCUUUGGUUUGUUGUAUCUUGUACAUUCUCUGUAACCAUUUCUACCUCAUUUUGAAAGACGUUGUACAUGGAAGUAUUUAUUUCAUGUAAUUUUCACAUGCCAGUUAAAACGUCAUUGUUUCUCAAUCUUUAACUGUUAAAGUCUACCUCACUAAAGACUGUCGUGUCAUGGAAAUGAAAAUAUACAAAAAAGAACAUCCUUGACUUUGUCUUUUUGUCUAUGAUUUUUUUUUGUCCAUAACACACACUGAAUAAGGUUGAAAAACACAAAGAAAUGCUUGCAGAAUUAAUUUAAUCCUUCUAAAUUGCGCUGGCCUGAUCCCAUUUCUUAUUGCAG